CAGUAGUUAUGAUAGGACACCAUAGAAUCUGGCUGAUAGUAAAAAGAAAGAUCUAAAUGGUUUGCUGAAUGCGACGUUUGUUAACCAAAGCUCUUGUCUUAAGCUGUGUUUACAAAUUUAAAUAACGAAAUCUGUUAUCUACUUUAGCUGCCAGUUAGAGCUUUGAGUUAGACUUAUUUAAUAUUUACACUUGUUUUAACAGUUUAUAUUAUUCUGUUCCGGCAACUGGAAAACCAAUAAAGAUUGCCCUAAACCAUGGACGUGAAGCCUUCAGGCCGCAGAAAUACGGCCCGACGAACUCAAACAGCUGGCAAGUCUCCAGUAGCUGUCAUCGGCCCAGCCAGGCUACAAGAAUGGGCCAAGUACCACAGCCAGCCUUCAGAGCUGCUCAUCAGGCUGAUGUCCAGCUUAUCAGAGAUAAACGAGUUUGUCAACAGAGGCUCCGUGAAGGCCGCCCUCUUGAAGAGCUUUGUUUUGUGCUUGGAAAAAGUCGUCCAGGCUAAAAACCACGAAAAUAAUUUUUCAAAAUUACUGGAGGUUUUAGCCUCAUCAUGUUUUUACCAACAGCACGUGUGCGGUUACUUACAAAACAAUAACUGUAAACUGUCGAAACAAAUCGCAGAUACUGUAGUUAAACUCAUUCGCGAAACUUCGCGUCAAGUGCCUUCAGCUAGCCACGCAUGCCUUGAUGUAUUGACAUUUAUACAAAAGAACUACAAACAAUUGGAUUGUGACGUGACAGCUUUAAAUGAAACAAUCCAACUUUUUAAUUUAUCUGAAAGCACACAGGUCAAAAAAGAUAAACAUCGUUUGAAAAAAUGGAAAGACUCUCAAGAACCACCAAACGAUAUUAGAGACAUAUCGAUUUUUCCGACUAAACGAGAUUUGGAUACUGAUUUCAAACCCUUUCUACGCGCCAACAAAGUCUGCGGCGCUUACAGAAACAAAAAACAUUACUUUGACGUCAUGUUUCGUUUAGUGCGCGAAGAUUUUAUCCAACCACUUCGGGAAAGUAUUAAAACGUACCAAUCAAAGGGAAAAUCUGAUUAUGAGUUCUACGAAAACGUGAGAAUCACCGGCGUGGACCUGAUGAACGGCAUAGAGCACAUCCUGCAGCUGGACAGGGACAAGGUGCGACAGGUCAAGUGGGACACUGAGAGGCGACUCAUAUUCGGGAGUCUCGUCUGUAUUUCUAACAACAAGUUCCAGACGAUCAUCUACGCCACAGUCUCACAAAUGGACAGAGACGAGCUGAAGAAAGGCGUCCUGCGGGUCAAGUUCCAGAACUGCUUGGAGGAUGUCUACAAGUUUUCCAGCGAGGACCGGUUGACCAUGACAGAAAACCCGUCAUUGUUUGAGGCGUAUCGCCAUGUACUGGAGGGUUUACAGGAGAUGAUGGAAAGGCCUUUGCCAAUGGAGAAACAUUUGGUGUUUUGUGACACAGAUUUAAAAGAACCAGCGUACCUUACCAGUACAACGAAGUACAACCUCUCCGGUGUAAUGAAAGACGGCAGCAAAAGCAAGGCUCAGCUGUUUAGAGCGCUACAGCCGGUAUCCUGGCCUGGGACCGAGAAGAUGGCAUUGAACAGCCAACAGCAUGCAGCAGUAAAAACAGCACUGACGAAAGAACUAGCUCUACUACAGGGACCACCGGGAACGGGCAAGACCUACGUUGGUUUAAAGCUGAUGCGGGUUUUGUUGGAGAACAUCGCCCAGAGAGUUCCGGGAGUCGUCGGCAAAGACGAGAAGCAGAUCCGAGACCCGGUGCUUGUCGUCUGCUACACAAACCACGCGCUGGACCAGUUCCUGGAGGAGAUGUUGGACUUCUGCCCAGACGGCGUCGUCCGGGUCGGCGGCAGGGGCGACUGUGAAGCGUUGGAGAAAUUUAACCUGACGGAGCUUCGGCAGAAACACAAAGGCUCGAACGGUUCGAAAAUAAUUUUACAAGAAUGCCAGAAGGAAAUGAGCAAAAUCGGGCGGCAAAUUAAAAGUUUGGCGUACAGAAUGCAAGCGGCUCAGUUAAGUAUUCAAGAUGAGAAUCUUUUAGUUCACUGGAUGAAGGCAAGUCAUAGGAAGUAUUUUUGCAAUGCUGGUGCCAAGAAAAAAGUUCUCCGGCAGUGGAUGAAUUCCUCAGACAUUGACUUUGAGAAACAGUUACAAAACUCCGUGGAGCGUCAUUUGAUUAAUCUCUUUCUGACAGAGAAAAUGUCGCUCGAUGAUAAAAUCUUUAAACCAGAUUCUAAGAAGAUAAAGGCAUAUCACAAAACAAAACUGUAUAGAUUUUGGAGCUUGCAGUAUCAAGACCAGUAUGGGUUCUUACCGACAAAUACCCUGCUCGGAGACAAUGUACUAAUGCCGUUUGUUGGACCCGCUGUCAUGAAAGUAAUCCGAAAGUCAAAAAUGGGAAUUAAAAAAUGGCUGCUUGGCAAAAGCGUUAAAGAACAGCUUGACGCAAUAGAGGAGAUUCAAAAAGAUCGUUCAAAAUUUGAGGCAAGAAUAUUCGACAACAAAGAAGAAUAUUCCAGAAUAAGAGACCAGAGAGUAUUUGGUGAUGAGGAAGAAGAGCAAGGUAAAAAAACUGUUAAAAGUAAACGAAAGUUUACAAGAACUCUGGCUGACUUUCCAAAAGCGAAGAUGCUUGGUGUUGUCAUAGCAGAUGAGAACGACGAGGAAGAAGAUUCAGACUGGCAAACGGUCACGAAAAAAUGGUCCUUUAGCCAGGUCUUGAGGAGGCUGAGGGCUACCCAACCCAUGACGGUCGCUGAGGAAAACGAUGUAGAGGAUAUCUUGCAACUGGAGCUUGAAGACCGAUAUCGCCUAUACAAACUGUGGGUAACCAGGUUUCUUAACAGCAUGAAUAUGGAUAUGCGGGGGAAAGUUGAAAAGUAUGAAAAUGCACUGAUGAGAAAAAUGGAAGUGAGACAAAUAAUUGACGGCGAGAUACUGAAACAAGCCAAGGUGAUUGGGAUGACGACGACGGGGGCGGCAAAACACCGGAAGUUGCUGCAAGAUGUCAAGCCAAGAGUCGUCGUUGUGGAGGAGGCAGCAGAAGUUCUCGAGGCCCACAUCGUCACGGCUUUAAGCGAACACUGCCAGCAUCUGAUCCUCAUUGGCGACCACAAGCAGCUGAGGCCGAAAGCGGAAGUCUAUCAACUGGCGAAACAGUUCGGGCUGGAGGUUUCGUUGUUCGAGAGGCUAGUGAACAAUGACGUCAACUGUGUACAACUCACAGAGCAGCAUCGGAUGAGGCCGGAAAUUUCCGUGUACAUGAAACACAUUUACCCCAAUCUAAUCGACAGCGCGUCGGUUGUCGACAGAGAAAAUGUGAGAGGUGUGGAAAAAAACAUUUUCUUUAUCAACCACAACCGAUCAGAAGGCUCUGUGAAACACAGCAGAAGUAAAUUAAAUGAUUAUGAAGCGAGGUACAUCAUGAAGCUCGCGGAUUACUUAAUUGACCAAGGCUACUCCGCGGAGGAUAUAACAAUCCUGGCUACCUACGGCGGGCAGGUGUCGCUGAUCAAGGAACUCAUGAACAACUCCGAAGAUGAGUUUCUAAGGCAGAUUCGGGUGUCGACCGUGGACAACUUUCAAGGCGAGCAGAGUAAAAUAAUUCUCUUGUCCCUAGUGAGGAGCAACACACAGGAGAGUGUUGGCUUUUUGAGCACGGACAACAGGGUGUGUGUGGCUCUGUCCAGGGCGCAAUACGGCAUGUACGUCAUUGGGAAUGUUGAUCUGCUAGCGCGUCAUAGCCAGCUGUGGAGUAAGAUAAAGCAAACAGCCAAGGAGAGGGGGGAAAUCGGCGAGACCUUGCGUCUAAGGUGUCAACAGCACCGAAAAGUUUCUGAAAUUAAAAACGUUUCAGAUUUCAAGAAGAUUCUGGAAGAAGGUUGCGGGAAGAAAUGUGGUGGUAGCUUGAAUUGUGGUCACGCCUGUCCGGAGUUCUGUCACGGGUUUAGUCACGACAACGUCCUGUGCAGCCGGCCGUGCAAGCGGAAAUGUCCACAGGGCCACCCGUGUCUGAAGUUUUGUGGUGAAGAAUGUGCCUUGUGCUGUGUACCACAGGAAGUAGAGUCAUGUAGCCCUGUAUCAUUCAAAGUAGAAUCUUCACCUAUUAAACUUUCACACUCUAGAGGCAGUGCUUCCCUGAGUAGCUCCACCCAAAGUCUCUCCUCUAGUGCUGCUAGCAGCGAUUCCUCAAACCAAAAGAAAAAAUCCAAAUCCAAACAACCAAGCGUGGUAAAAACUCGCCCUGAGACUUUGAAAGAAAAAAUUCCACCGUCUUGUGAACAUUUUUUUACUGGAGCCAGUCGUUCCUUGAGCAUCUCCACCCACAGUCUCUCUUCUAUUGUUACCGGCAGUAAACCUGUUACUGAAAAGAAAAGUAAACCACAUCUAAAAGCCCAGCAAUCUAGCGCGACCAAAAUCCCUUCAGGGAGUUUAAAAGAUAAAAUUACUCUGCCUGUGAAACAUUCACCAACGGGAAAAGGUGGCUCUCUCAGUAGUUCCACCCACAGUCUGUCAUCUGGUGCUACUGACGGGGACUCGACGGAUCAGAAGAGCACCUUACUAUUAAAACAUCAACCGGUCAUCAAGGUCAAGUGUCCCAACACCUGCAGUAGAGGUCACCCAUGUACAAAGAAGGCCAACCAGCCGUGCCCGCCCUGUCCGCGGAAGUUGAAGUGUGGCCAUGGCUGUAGAAGUGUGCCAGCACUGCAGCAGACGCAGGGCGGGGCAGACAGCUCAGCAUGCACGAGAAAAUGUCGUAAAGUCUGCAGAAAUGGACACAAAUGUCCAGGAAAAUGCCACGAGCCAUGUCCGGUCAACUGCGCUAAAGCUCUAGCCUGUGGUCACCCGUGUGGCGACAGCUUUAAGAAAGAAAAUAUCGGCAGGAUCAAGCCAGUACCGUGUGUGAAAUCCUGCACCAAACAAUGCCCGCAUGGGCACAGGUGCACAUCAACAUGCUCAACACAAUGCCCGCCCUGUCACGUGAUGACCAGGGCGCGGUUCCCGUGUGAUCACGUUCUCGAGGUCAGGUGUCACGAGAUUGACCGCGAAGUGGAUAAAUGCAAGCGUCCAUGCGAGAAGAAAUGCCCCAGGGGGCACCCGUGCAACCGUCGUCACCACAAAAGUUGUCCCCCUUGCUCACAGCUGACGAACACGCUCGCUGACUGCGGCCAUUUUGUGUAUUCCUUUUGUGACGAGUCGUCUGCUUCGUGUCGUAUUUGUAGUGUUGACGAUCUGAUAGAUAACAUUUUAUCUUUUAGCUUGAGCCGCCCUGUGACUCGUGUUGCCUAAAGGGAAUUAACUCAGUUUUUUUUAAAAAUAUCUAAUCCCGCACAACUGGACACACAAAAAGUGUAUGGUGUAAACACAGACAAUAAGCAAGAUCUCAAAAA